GUGCCCCUUCAUGCGCAUCAAGCACGUGCGCCUCCUCGAACGUCGCCAUCAUUGUCACUGCUCCGUGGCCAAUGCCCCUUCCUGGGCAUCAUCCACGUGCUCCUUCGGCCACGUGCCCAUCGUCGACCUCCACGCGUCCACCGUGCACGUGGUCCUUCGUCGACGUCCUCCUUCGUCCACGUAGUCGUCGUUCUCGAUUUGCGGAUGAGAUGGCACCGAGGAACGCCUCAGGGAAGGGCAGGAAAGAUAGCGGAGUAGGGGAUGGGGGGGGAACCCAAAAAUGCAGAGGCCACGUGCCAAAGUCGAAAAGGCAGCUCGUCGAUGAGGCUAACGCCGAACACAAUGACGACUUCCAGGGAGAGGAAGUGGUGACGGUGGAUCCGCAAGGGAGGGCAGGGGCGAUGCGAUUGGGUUUUGGGCGGGAUGGGGUGUCAAGGGAACAACUGUCCGCUAUCAAACAGAGCCUCGUUGUUGGUGGCGUCGGGAUGUUGCCAAGGACCUCGAAGGCGGCAGGGGUUGUCAUCACGGAGGCGCGCGUUUCGAUGCAACUUCCGGCGGUGGUGGGCCAGGGUCACCCACGUCAGCCACUCCCUCUGCAACAGGCGGGGGCUUCAGGUGGAGGCAAAGCACCGUCCACGGAAAAGGGCGACGCGACGGUGAGCGGCACUCGUACGGCGGUGGCGGAUCACAGCAGUAGAAGCGUAGUCGCCGAAGCUGCGGAGGAGGCGAGGAUCGAUGACGUUCGUCACGACGAUGGGAGAAGAGAUGGAAAGCGGGAGGGCGAUGACGACGACGACCAUCCACUUGUCACGAGGUUGAAGGGAACGGCAAAGGAAGACGAUGUGGAGGAGAGGUCGAAGUUGUGGGUUGAUUGCAACGCUUUCAAGGGUCAGGGCCCGGGGAAACAAUUGAGGGAGGCGGUAGGCGACUGCGCGGGCUACUUCGUCGCCAUCGCUAACGGAGAUGCUGGAGCUGAACCGCCUGCGAUACUCGUAACGCCGCCGAAUGAUGUGCCGCGCUUCAAGAUCGAGGGCCCUGCGCAACGCGAACUCGCUUUGCGCAGAGCACUCAACGUGGAAAAACUGGUGUUGCGCACCAUCCAUGGCUGGAUCUUCAAAUCGUCGUUGAGGUCGACUGGCUUCGCUCGUGCAGAGUCGUACAUCAGCGUGGACUUAGCUACAAACGUCGCACGAGCGGUUUGGCAGGGAUACGAAUGGUCGAAAGUGGUUUCCCCUGCCCUGGUCUACCACACGCUGGCGAUGAAGAUGGACGUUCCUCUGUGGUUCGCGGGGCUGAAGAUUGUGGACCGGCCUGAAGACGACGACAUGGCGGCGCGGCAGGAGGCGACAGUUCUUCGCGUGGCGGACUGCUGGACAGAUGCAGUCUGGUGUGGACAAUGGGCGGACGGCGGACGCGUGAAACAGGAGAGGUUGUCUCAACUUGCGGAUUGUCUUUGGGCCUUGUUGAGCGCGUGCAUGUGGAUCAUGCGCACGGGUGGUGACGAUGACCGAUCACACUACGAGGCGUGGUUCUACGCGUCAAUGGUCGCCAAACCCACAAUGAUAGUGGCGGGGUCCUACAUCUUCAACUGGCGGCGACACAUCGUCGACACCGCCAACCUCGUCUUGGAUCGUAUAGGGAAGGCUCACCUGACGCUGGGAGAUUACCCGCAUUGCAUUCCGGAAUGGCGUUAAUGGCCAUCGCAUGCUCGUCCACAUCUUCUUUUGUAUGCGGCAUACUCAUUCAGUCGUACGACUCAUGGCGUCGUUAUCAUCGUCGGCACCUGAGAAAGCAAAAGAAAACAAGGCAAACAGGAAGGAACCUAUCCACGCACUUUCAUUGUCAUCCUUUUCUGUUUGCUGCCCGUGUUUCCCUUCAUAAUGCCAUCGCUAAAACCUGAUGAUCACGCACACCGCACGAAAGCCAAAAUAAAGGAAAAAAUAAAUAAAUGGAUGGUCACCUC